UCUGACGCUGUGACGUUCCGCUGGCUAUUUCCGCCGCAUGAAGUCCGAUAGACUAACUACACCUAUAGGUACUGAAACCGGAGUCAGUGUCAAAGACGUCAGUGCAGGUCAGAGUUAGCGGAGCAGCUGCAGCAGCAGCGCAGCAAGGGCGAAGGCGGAGGAGGACUGCAGGGACAGUAGAAUCGUCGUGUAACAUACAUACCUACCCAGGUGGCUAGGUAGUUGGCAGAAGGUGCGUGCCCUGCUGUUACACACCGUGUGUCCCGUCCCUCUGCCCCCGCCAAUCCGUACACCUACGGUGUAAUGUAACAGUGCACACAUACCUAUACUUAGAAGUAACACCUGCAUACAAAUUGAAACGAAAUACAGUGUGGCUCAAGCAUUUAUAUCAAUACCUAUUCACUGCAUCUGACUCGAGGAAAAAAAAAAAAAAAACUAAAAGAGGAGGAACUCUCGGAGAAGAGGCCGUAGUUAUAUUGAGUAUAUACGUGUGUGCAGUGUCAGAGAAGAAGAAAAGGAGCCAGAUAGUAGGCCGGGAGUUGGCAAAAUAACGAAAAUGGCGGACGUCGAGCUCAACAUCGACAACCUGAUACAGAGGCUGCUGGAAGUUUACCAGCAACAGAAAGAUAGUGAUCAACAAGUUCAGAUUCAAACAGUUCAGAAGAAAGCCAAGCUUAAAGAUAAGAUUUUUUCUUCCGAAAAAAGCGUUCGAGGAUGUCGACCAGGAAAAUCAGUGAUUAUGACAGAGGCAGAGGUACGAGGGCUCUGCUUGAAGUCCCGCGAAAUUUUUCUGCAGCAGCCGAUACUCCUGGAGCUCGAGGCUCCGCUCAAGAUCUGUGGUGACAUCCACGGCCAAUACACGGAUCUCCUACGGCUAUUUGAAUACGGUGGCUUCCCACCCGAGGCGAACUAUCUCUUCCUAGGUGAUUACGUCGAUCGGGGUAAACAGUCCUUGGAGACGAUAUGUCUUCUGCUGGCUUACAAGAUCAAGUAUCCGGAGAACUUCUUUCUGUUGAGAGGCAACCACGAGUGCGCCAGCAUAAAUAGGAUAUACGGCUUCUAUGAUGAGUGCAAGCGCAGGUAUAACAUAAAGUUGUGGAAGACGUUUACGGACUGCUUCAAUUGCCUGCCGAUUGCGGCUAUCAUCGACGAAAAGAUAUUCUGCUGUCACGGUGGACUAAGUCCCGAUCUUCAGGGUAUGGAGCAAAUAAGACGAAUCAUGCGCCCUACAGAUGUACCUGACACUGGUCUUCUCUGCGAUUUGUUGUGGUCGGAUCCUGAUAAAGAUGUCCAGGGCUGGGGAGAAAACGACCGAGGCGUAUCAUUCACCUUUGGACCAGAUGUGGUGUCAAAGUUCCUGAACCGUCACGAUAUGGAUCUGAUCUGUCGAGCACAUCAGGUCGUCGAGGACGGUUACGAGUUCUUCGCCAAGCGUCAGUUGGUCACUCUGUUUUCGGCACCCAACUACUGCGGUGAAUUCGACAAUGCCGGUGGCAUGAUGAGCGUCGACGAGACCCUCAUGUGCAGUUUCCAGAUUCUCAAGCCAUCAGAAAAAAAGGCAAAAUAUCAGUAUGGUGGCAUGAACGCCGGACAAGCAGGCAGUCGGCCAUCGACUCCACAAAGGAAUCCGGCGAAGAAAAAAUGACCACCCACGGCCGAGCCCGCAUAGCCACAAACAUUGGCGUUCUAGACAGUUCCAGGACGUCAAGAUACCAAACCCUAAAUACCGAUUCGUCAGCUUAAACGUAUAAAAAAAAAUCUAUCCUUCCUUACAAUUGCAUCAUAUACGUUUGAAAUGGUAAUUGGGCAAACUUAUACUCCUACUUAUCGAAAAACUAAAAUAGUUUCAGACAAAGCAGUAAAUUAUGAAAUCGUGGAAUUCGUUGUUCUUUUUGUUCCAUUAUUUUUUACUACUCUAAUAAUUAUGAUUGGUUUAGCGACAAAAAGUCGUUAAUGUAUAUGCAUCCGCAAAUACACAUAUAUUCAUGAGCAUCGUGCGUUCGUGUUUAUAGUGUCAAUUAUUUUUCUCUAAAUAUUUUUUCCUAUUCAAUAAUUGGUAAAAAUGCUUUGAAGUAAACCAAUCUUGAAUAGCAGUGACUAUUUUGAAAAAAUUUUAAUACCCUGUUGCUAUGAUGUUAAAAAUUUUAGCAGUACUGGACGUGAGAAAUAAUUCAAGUCAUUAUUUUCAUUAAAUGUUUGUGCAAAGAUUGAGUCGAAUUAUUUUUAAUUAUUUUUUUUUUAGCAAAGCUAAUAAUUUAACUUCGGAAAAGGUCUUUUUAAUGUUUUACAUGAAAAUUACUUUUUUAAAUCUUUAUUGUUAAAUUUGUAUUAAUCAAUAAAGUGUGUUGAUGCCUCUUAUGAUAAAUCUCACCAUAAAAGAAAAAAAGAUAAUCACAUAUAGCUGUGUAAUCAUUGAUGUUUUCGAGAUUUAAUUUUCAAGGCACACUAAUGAUGUAUUAUUAACUGUGUUGUAUUCCAAGUGAAUCAAAACAGUCUUUAAUUAGUAAUUUUUUUCAUACAUUGAUUGAUGAAGGAGUGUCCAUAGACGAAUUCAUGUAAUCUACAAUAUACGUCAAAGUUGUAAAGAUUAUCUCCAAUUUUAUAUUCGUGCUGUAAUUUUUAUCGUUUAGAAAAAAGUUUUACAGAAAUUCUGUAUAUGUUAAUUAAUUAAUAUUUUAAAAAGAGAUGAAUUCAAAUGCAUGUACAUUUGCU